AAAAGCGGGGAAAUUACAUAUAAUGGGCAUUUGCUUAAUGAAUUUGUGCCUCAAAAAACUUCAGCAUAUAUAAGUCAAAAUGACGUUCAUGUUGGUGAAAUGACUGUGAAAGAAACUUUGGAUUUUUCAGCAAGGUGCCAAGGGGUUGGAUCACGUUACGACCUUCUGAGUGAGCUUGCAAGAAGAGAAAGAGCAGCUGGAAUUUUUCCUGAGGCAGAAGUUGAUCUUUUCAUGAAG